CAGGCUAUAAUGGCGGCAAAGAAUUCUGAGGAGACAAAAACGAAAGUGCACAAGCCUAGCGAGCGGCAGGAAAACAGAACACGUUUCUUUGUUUUUAGUACACCUAGCUUUAUUUUAUAAGCAAAAUGGUUCUGCUCUGGAGAAACCAGGGAGUCACUUGUUUGGUUUGAUGAUGGAUCUGGUGCUGAGUAUUUGGCUCCAGGCACGGUGGCUGAGGUAUCCGAAUCAACCGCCAUAGUGCAUGCUAAUGGACAGGUACAUGAAGUUCCAAUCCAAUCAUUACGUCCACGUGAAGAUACAGGGAUAGAAGGGGAAUCUGACAUGAUUCAACUGAGUGAUCUUCAUGAAGGUGCUAUACUUUACAAUUUAAAGAAAAGAUAUCAUCGGAAUACUAUUUAUACUUAUAUUGGUGAUAUUCUAAUAGCUGUAAAUCCUUACCAAAUGUACAAUGUGUAUGGAUUGGAAACUGUUCGAAUGUAUCAAAAUCAGUUAAUUGGAAAGUUACCACCUCACAUAUUUGCACUUGCUAAUGCUGCUCAUUAUGACAUGAUGAAGACCAAUCAAAACCAAGUUAUUGUUAUCAGUGGGGAAUCUGGAAGUGGUAAAACAGAAUCUACUAAAUUAGUGAUGCAAUAUCUUGCAGCUGCUGAUACUAGUAAAAAAAAGUUGAUAACAGAACAGGUUUUAGAAAGUACACCACUGCUGGAAUCUUUUGGCAAUGCAAAGACCUACAUGAACGAUAACUCAAGUAGAUUUGGAAAAUUUAUUGAAAUAGAGUUUGACAAUGGACAUAUUGCAGGAGCAUCAGUAUCAGAAUAUUUGUUGGAGAAAUCAAGAAUUGUGCAUCAAAACCCUGGUGAUCGCAAUUUUCAUAUCUUUUACGAGAUGUUGGCUGGACUGUCAGAAGGAGACUUAAAAGAGAUGGGACUCACUCAUCCAGAUGCCUUCUUUUAUCUCAACCAGGGAUCAAAUUCUUCUAUUCCAUUAAAAAAUGAUGCACAAGAUUUUCAACGUGUUAUUGCAGCAAUGGAAGUGUUGGGUAUUAAUUCAGAAGAAAGAGAAGGAAUAUUUUGUAUUUUGGCAGCUAUUCUUCACCUUGGAAAUAUUUACUAUGGACGGACACAGCGCAAUGGUCAAGAGGCUGCUGUAAUAAUGAACCACAUUGAAGUGGAAUACAUUUCAAAGUUAUUACAAGUCGAAGAUACUGGUGUUGCAAAAUCAUUGACACAGAAAGUCACUAGUGCAGCUGGUGAACGCUUCCACAGUCCAUUUAAUGUUGAACAAGCAUUAGAUUCGCGUGAUGGUCUUGCACGAGCUCUGUACUCACGUCUGUUCACAUGGCUGGUCUCAAAAAUCAACCAGAUAUGCGUACCACAAGUUGAAGGAUUGUAUUUGAGAAUUGCUAUUUUAGAUAUAUUUGGAUUUGAGGAUUUUGAAACAAAUGGAUUUGAACAGUUUUGCAUAAAUUAUGCUAAUGAGCAUUUGCAUGCAUUUUUAAUUGAUCACAUCUUCAAACAAGAACAGCAAGAAUAUGAAGCUGAAAAUAUUCUAUUUGAUCCAAUUGAAUAUGAAGAUAAUAUUGAGUGUUUGGAUUUGAUUGCGAAACCUCCUGUUGGCAUCAUCCAUAUCCUUGGAGAUGAAAGUAAUUUUCCGCAGGCUACUGACCGAACCUUUUUGGAAAAAUGUCAUCAACAACAUGGUAGAAAUAAGUAUUAUGAAAAACCUCGAGUUCACGGUGCUGAAUUUGGUAUCUAUCAUUAUGCUGGUAUUGUGAGAUAUCAGGUUGAUAUGUUUUUGGACAAAAAUAGAGAUAUUGUACGCCCUGAAUUACUAGAUUUGCUAAUUUCAAGUCAAUCAAAUUUUAUUGCAAAUUUGUUUCCGGAAUAUGUUGACAAUCCAAACGUUCAUCUUAGUCAAGCAUCGUUUUUAGUACUUAAUGAUAUUGAGCGAAGUCGAGCACGCACAACACCAAAUAACAGCUUGACACGUCGAAGUAAAUUCAAUAUGGGAUACAUACCAACUGUAGUUGGUUCUUUUAACGAAUCAUUAAAUAAUCUGAUCAAUAAAAUGAAUGAGUCAUCACCUCACUUUAUUAGAUGUAUAAGACCAAACACAGAAAAGUCUCCUAUUCUGUUUCAAGAAGGAUUAGUUUUGGCUCAGCUCUUAUAUACUGGCAUGCUUGAAACCAUUCGAAUUCGGCAGUCUGGAUAUCCAAUAAGAAUCGAGUUCUUAUCAUUCGUAAAAAGAUAUUUCUGUUUACAUGGACCUCAAAAAUUAAGUUUACGGAAUCAACCAUAUGACAAUACCAAAAAAAUCUGUGAGUGUAUUGCGCAAAAUUAUCCAGAAUUUAAAGAUGAUUUUCAAAUUGGACAAUCGAUGGUCUUUAUGCGAGAAAAAUGUGAAAGACAUCUUGAGGAAGUUCGUUAUCAAAAGUUGAGGGAAAAUGCCAUCAUUAUACAGAAGAAUGUAAAAAGAUGGAUUGCUCAAAAUGCCUAUAUUCGGAAACAGAUUUCCGUUGUUGUUCUGCAAAGCCAUACAAGAGGAUUUGUGGAGAGAAAGCGGUAUCAACGAGCUAUGCGUGGUAUAAUCAAAUUUCAAGCUUUAUACAGGAUGUACAAAUAUCGCAAACAUUUUGUGCAUAGCCGAACCAACGAGCUACAUCGAAUUUCAAAACGACAACGGGAGUAUUUGUCACAAGUUCAUUACAGUGAUAGAUUGGCUUAUGAUAAAAUCAUUGAUGUUACACGAUUUGAUAUUCCUCCUGAUCUGGCGGUCAUAUUUUCAAGGUUGCAAGCAUGGGAGCCUUUGCAUCUUGACUAUCACAUAUGUGGUGUUAGUGAUGUUACACCAUGGGAUUAUGCUCAACGUUCUUUGCCCGGCGAUAUUGAUAUAUGUCCGUUCUCGAAGUUUGCAAGAUUGCAUUUUCAGGACAAUGUUCAUUUCUCCUACACCAGAGUUCCAUUGAGAAGUUCAUUGUUAAAGAUGAAAUAUACUGACACAUUAGAAGCAGUCAUGCUUUUUAAACUGAUCAUGCGAUUCAUGGAAGAUGCAUCAAUGAACGGGUUGAGACAAUUAAUUCUUGGCAAUUUUAUCGUCAACAAGGGUGUUCGUCACCGUGAGUUGCGUGAUGAAAUCUAUUCUCAACUCUGCAUGCAAACAUGGAAGAAUCCGAACGAGAAAAGUUUACAGUAUGGUUGGUUAUUAAUGGGUUUAUGUUUAUGCUGUUUCCCGCCAUCACCAAGAAUGUACAAGUACUUGCUCAAAUAUGUGUCUGACCAAGGUAUUGGAGGUUUUAAGUCGUACUGUCAAAGAAAAAUUUUAUGCUGGGAUGAAGAUGCAACUGGGCGUUUGUUCCCACCCACUCUGUUAGAAUGGAAGGCGUUGAAAGAACUUGCAAACUUGUCAAUUGAGUGUGAAAUGGCAGAUGGUUACCAACGUAUUAUUGAGGUAGAGUCGAGCAGCACAGGUGAAAAUAUGGCAAAGUCUUUUCUUAACAUUAGAGACAUCGCAGACCCUGCAGUUUCGGGAUGGUCAUUUUAUCUUCAAUUUGAGAGAUCCUGUCGUCUUGACUUGGCGGGCUGUGAUCCCUUGUUGGACCUUGUGUCUGUGUUGGAGCAGCCUCCAGCUUUCCCAUGUAGCCUUGCUGGUUCAAUUUUGUCACUGGAUAGAAGCAAUCCAAUCAAUUCAUCUCGAAGAGAGAUUAUUAUUGAAUCUCACAAACCAUUUACAAGUCGAACGAAGGUUGAACGCAUGCGUCAGCAUUAUUCCGAAGAGCUUGAAACUCAACCAUUGAUUCUUAAACAACGUCAACAGGAAGUGCCAGUUGUUGACGUUCCAGUGCAAGAGCUGUUCCCAUCACCUCGAAAUGACUACCCCUUGUACGAUAACAUUCAGUUGAGUGAUAAUGAUUUCAUAAACAAACAAAAUGAACGGGACAAGUUGCGUUAUUUCGAACAGGAACGAUACAAUCAAGAAAUGGAAGACUUUUACCAACAAGAACUGCGAAAAGCUAGAGCACCAUACCCAAAACCUAAACCUCAUAUGAGACAGCAAGUAGCGCCACCACCGCCCCCAGCACCACCACCACCACCCCCAGUACCUGAUUCAAGCACUACUUCAACAAAUUCAUCUAAUGCUAACACUUUAAAGAAGAAAGAGAAGAAAUCCAACAAGCCGCCAUAUUCGUUAGAAGAAGUAUUGCAGAGAUCAGGAGAGUUAAAAAAGAAACGAGAUAAACGUGCAAGUAAAAGUACGUCACGUGACCCUAUGCUUGAUCACACCAUGAAACAUGAUAAAACAUUUGGAAAUAAGUUAUACUCUAAAAUAGUUGAUUUGAAAAAUUCUGAAAUGAAAAGACAAGCUGAACCAGAAACGUAUACACUUGGUGAAAUGUUGUCACAAAAUAAGCAACAACAAGCUUAUUUGAGACAAGGGGAAGAUAUUUCCAUCUCGAAUGACUUCAGAGCAGGAUACACUCCUUACUCGCCAGAGCAGGAAAGAAGAAACCAAAAAGGCUCACCAACUAUACUGGGUCCUGGAAAGUCAGGUGGCUCGUUAACGAAUCCGUCCCGACGUCGAUUUCAAAAUAUUGGGAAUGUCUUUGAGAAGAAUAAAAAUUCUAUUCGUUUCUCCCAACAGAAAAAACAGAAAAAACCAUAUGCUGUGAAUUACGGUAACAAACCGUCUUCAGUUUCUGCAUAUAUUGAUCAGUUGUUUGGGCAGAUAGAUAAUGAAGACAGUGACCUCAUGCAUGGGGAUUCCCUUGUGGGAAAGAUUAAAGGAGGCGGGAAGGAUAGCUACUACCCUCAACGAACUACGAUCAACACGAAUAGUCACAUUUACUCAUCAGUAAACUCAAACAGUUCACAAGUGCAGUUGAUUGAUCAGCUUCUUCAUCAACAACAAAUGCUGCAAAAUACCCUGGCAAAGAUCAAGAAUGAUGGUCGCACAAAGUGGGAUGAUUUUCAGAUACCCAGUCCACAACCGAAGAAGGUUUCAUUUGGUGCUGAUAAUAAAAAAACAAUACUUUCCCAGCAUUUUGAUGGAAAUGCUAUUUCACCAAGAUUAAAAGAGUGGCUUGAUAUACCGCCGCCGCCCAGUAUUCCACCACCUCCACCCCCUAUUCAGAAAGACUUUAACAAAUCAAUCAGAGCGCCACCGAACGGUAUAAAAGAUUUGCUGAAGGGAUUUGAAGAGAAUGCUUCAAACGAUCUUGUUCAGUCUCGAAUUUAUGAUGGCUUGCCGAACAGUAAUGCGUUUUCUGAUAUGCUGACCAGAUCAGUGUUGCACUCUCGGAGUAACGAAUCCUUUCUAACGUAUGGAAAUACAAGGUGGAAAGUCUUCUUGAAAAAAGAGAUAUUUUACCCAAAUGAAAUAAUGAAUGCUACUCUGAAGCAUCUUAUCUACAGACAGAUUCUUGAAGACUUAGGCAGUCGUACAUGUUGUCGCCUCUCUGGUGAGGAUAGAUACACGAUGCAAAAGUUAUUAGAUGCAAAUUCUUUAACGAAGAUGGUAGACACUGUUGCGUCUGCAUCGGAACGACUACAGAAUACUGUUAUAAAUGGCGCCAAAGACUUACCGUUAUAUUUUUCUAGAAUUUUUAUUGUUGAAGGUUACACCGAAAGACAUUUAAACAGCUAUCUCGCUGUUUCACAUUCGGGUAUCCGGUUUGCUACACGGGCAACUCUGGAAGAGGAGUUGAAGUCAACAGCACAUUUCAAAUAUCCCGACGUCAUUGACGUCAAAGCAAGUCGUGAAAGACUGACGUUAGACACUGUUGUCAAGAAAUUCGUACUAUACACGUUAAAGGCCAAAGCGAUCAAAAAGUUAAUCAGCAUGUAUAUGAAGGCAACAGAAGGGCUUGAAAAGUUUGUUCGUGCUUUGGGAGAUUUCCAAGCGCCAAGUAAAGAAUAUUUAUCUUUCAAAAGAGGGAAUGUGAUUCGAGUGUUUGAUAAAAAGGAUGUCGAACCAGGAUGCUUAUGGGGAGUGCUGGGUGACUACAGAGGGAAGUUCCCUACUGGUCUUGUUGAAGAAUCUGAUAACAUAAACCAUACUUCUGAACUUGGCUGGGGGCCAUCGGUGAUACCUUCCAAACGAUCUUCAUCAGCGACAACGUUUAAUGAACAUGAGGAGGAGAACACGCAGUAUUCCAUGCUGGAAUUUGCACGAAGAUACUUCAGACAAUACGACACGUCUGAAGCGCUGAAAAGUAAAAAAGUUCAACAGCACGAUGAUGAACCACCCCCGAAGAAUGUCAUCGCGUUAGCUCAAUUCUCAAAGGAACCAAUAGUUGGAUCGUUGAUCAAUUUUAACAACAAAGCACUAAGCAGACAAGCAAGUGAUAUUUUCAAAGGCAUAAUGAAGUUUAUGGGAGACAUGAGACGGGAUAGACAAGAAACAAACGCAGAAUUGAUUGCGUACGUUCUAAAGACUGGGAGAGAAGUACUUGACAUGCGCGAUGAAAUAUUUUGUCAGUUGGCCAAGCAAACUACAAAUAAUAGAAGUGACAACAGAGAAAGUUGCAGCCGUGGAUGGAAACUGAUGAUGCUAUGUACAGCGUACUUCGAUUGCUCUCAACUUUUAAGACCAUACAUCAAUAAAUAUUUUCAAAGUGCCGGUGACCCAAAAAGAGAAUUUCAUGCGGCUGCAAAUGUUUGCGAGUUAAAUUUGACUCGCUCAUUCAAAUAUGGAGGACGUAAACAACUCCCCACGGAGAACGAGCUUUUCAUGUUAAUGCAAGGAAAACACUCCAAACAUCAAAUUGUUCACCUACCAGGAAGUAUACAGAGGUUGUGUAAAAUCCAGACCAGCUCGACGGCGUCCGAUCUUGUUAAAGACAUCGCACAAGAAAUGGGAAUUCACACACAGCAAGAACAAGAAGAAUAUGGAUUAUUCACCUUCCUGGAGGAGCAAAAUUUGUUGGUGCCAAUUCAAAGUCAAGAUUACGUAUUUGAUGUUUUCGCUCAACUCGAAAAACAAGCAGCCAAAAAUAUCAAACAUGCUUUAGCCUUCAGAAAAGUAGUCUGGUACCAAACAAUGAGGUUUGGGAACAAUUUGUUCUCGGAAGUUAUUUAUAACCAGAUCCUACCGAACGUAAUGAAUGGUUACGUCUUACAUUACAGAGGAAACCGUGCUAGUCAUAUUCGCGAUCAACAGACCCACAAUGAAGUUGCUUUGCUGGCAGCGUUGCAGCAUCGUGUGAACAAUGAACAUAAUCCGCCAUCUAUUCGCGAAGUUUCAGCAUUAAUACCUGUCUUGGUUUCAUCGUUGUUAACGCCUAAUCAAUGGGUGCACGCAGUACAAGAUCACUUUAAAUUAGUGAGACAUUUCACUGUCACAAAUGCUAGAACGAAGUAUUUAGAAUUAAUAUCAGCGUGGUUCUACUUUGGUUCUUCCUUCUUUUACAUCAAGAGUUGUUCGUAUGCUUCUAUCGAAGGUGAUUGCGUUCUCGCGAUAAACAAAAAUGGAGUUCAUCUGCUGGCUACAAACUCUAGGGACACUCUACUGUCUUUGGCUUAUAAUGAGAUUAUUUCAACACGUCAUUUACGUUCGGAUGCUGGUAGAAUGUUUGUCGACUUGAAAUGCGGUAAUUUGAUGGUACAAAGAAUAACUCGCCUUGAAACUCCACGUGGAAAAGAGAUCUCGUCUCUGAUUGGCCAAUACAUUCAUUGUAUUGCACGUGAUAGACAAAAAGAUGACGUCAUCAAUCCUGUCUGAAGUUAGGAAUACUACUUAAAUUGGACAUUAAACUUGUAUUUAAGUUGCUGACUUACUUGAAACGUGAACGGUGAUGAUUUCGGAGUAAUUGAUAAAAGUGGGAGACAAGCCACGAGUUGGGGAACUAGAAAUUAGAAAUGGGGAAUUAGAAAUGACGUCAUUGCUUAUGCUCGUUGGUACCAACAAACAUAGUUACUUAGCAACAUGAAAUUAUGAUUAUUUGCUUAUUUUCUUUACACGCGGUAACACGUAUCAGGAAAGAAAUCAGAAAAAUGAGGAUUGAUGAUCAUAAAUCCCUUAACCUCCCUAUUGUAAUCCUUUCGUUGAUUUAUGAACUGAAUAAACUCUGUUUUUUUUCCUGAUAUGGUGAUGUUGCUGUGUGUCUGGAUGAAUAUCACGUCAGUGCAUUUUUUUUACCAAAAACGUUUAGAUGCGGAUGGGAUUUGUCCCAAAAUUAUCAAAAUUUUAAGAAAAUUAUUUAUUUUUUGUUGUUGAAAAAUUAUCGUGAAUUGGCUUUUUAUUUACGAAACUAGUCGUUGCCCGUGGAAAAAUCCACGGGUUCGCCGUCCUUUGAAUUUACCCGUGGCAACAAAGUGGAUAAGAAUAUAUCGCAUAUGAUAUUCGUGUUUCCGUAACAUCAUUUUCUAACUUAGCGGGGGUCCGCGCAGAGACAGACAGACGACGGCUAUUAUAGAGAUAGUCGUUAGCCCGUGGAAAAAUCCACGAGUUCGUCCGUUGCAGCUAAGCUACCAUUUUGCGUGACAGACAGACGGACGGACAGACGUAUACGGGCAUUAAAAUAUAGAAUAGUCGUUGCCCGUGGAAAAAUCCACGGGUUCGCCCGUCCUUUAUAUUUACCCGUCACAACAAAGUGGAUAAAAAUAUAUCGCAUUUGAUAUUCGUGUUUCCGUAACAUCAUUUUCUAACUCAGCGGGGGGUCCGCGCAGAGACAGACAGACGGAAUACGGCUAUUAUUAUAGAGAUAACUUUUGAUUCGUGAAUUCAAUCUUGAUAAAAAUUAAUUUUUCGUUGAUAUCAUUGAUGGUUUUCUACUUGAUACUGCAUGUAAUGUGAGAUUUUAAAGUUAAAUAGUUUUGAUAGUCGAUUCGCGAAAAUAAAAUUCCUGCGAAAUCUAUCAAAUUUCACGAAUGGUGCGAUUCGCAAAAAUUUCUUACACUCAAAGAGGUGAACGACAAAUCACAAUUCGCACUUUGUUUUCAGUGAAUUAAGCUGAUUCUCGUUGUCAGGUUUUACUAAUAACGAGGCAGAAGGUAGCACAUGUAUAUCAAGCACAUAAAAUAUAAACUUUGGUGUAAAUUAUGAAAAUAUUAAUUAUCAUGUUUUAAUAUUUAUAUAUUUAUUAAUUUUGUUGUUUUUAUUCUUUAUUGAAGAUUUUUAAAAAUAUGCCUAAAAAUA